GGGCCGCACGAGUGACCGCGGAGGAGACGUCGCCUUGAAACCGGGAGCCGUGCGUCUUCCCGGGGACUCGCCGAGGAGACGGUGAGGCGGUGGACGGAGGCGAGGAUGUGCGGUGGAAGCUCGGCGGCGGCGGCGGCGGCACCGUCGGCGGCGGCGGCGGGCUCAUCCUCCCGUCCGUCCUCCCACAGCGAAUAAUUGAGUCAACAUGGCCGCGGAGCUGCUCGCCCUGUAGCCGCACUCAGACACGGAAUCAAACCACACACAGAGAAACCGGCCGUUUUCAUCCCCCGUCUUCCAGCUCGAAUGGCGUUCAUGUCCCGGUUCUCCCGGUCCCGGAGCAGCUCCCGGUCUCCGAGCCGGAGAGACUCGGAGCGCGUCUCCCCGAACCUGACGGUGUCGGAGCUGGAGAGGCUCCUGUGCACGGGCAAAACAGCCUGCAACCACGCAGACGAAGUGUGGCCACGGCUCUACAUCGGAGACCAGGACAUCGCAUCGGAUCGGCGCGAGCUGGCCAAACUUGGCAUUACGCACAUCCUCAACUGCGCGCAGAGCAAGUGGCGCGGCGGAGCCGAGUACUACGCCGGGAUGAGCAUCACCUACCACGGCAUCGAGGCCCACGACUCCCCCACCUUUGACAUGAGUGUCAACUUCUACCCUGCUGCUGAGUUCAUCCACAAGGCCCUGACGAGUGGCGGUAAGGUGCUGGUGCACUGCGCCGUGGGAGUGAGCCGCUCAGCCACUCUGGUGCUGGCCUACCUGAUGAUCAGACAAAACCUGACCCUGGUGGAGGCCAUCAAAACAGUGAAAGACCACCGAGGCGUCAUCCCCAACCGAGGCUUCCUCCGCCAGCUCAACGGCCUGGACGGCAUCCUGAGAGAGAGCCGUAGGACGUCGCCGCAGAGCUGAGGGCGCCCCCGAGGCGCGCGCAACCCGAGGUGCCAGCUAGUCCGGUUACGCCGAGGGAGACCACGGGGCCGAGUCGGGGGGGGGCGACCUGCGGGCUUCCGGCGCUGCGGCUCUGAGAGGCAGCGGGUGGUACGAGGGUGUGACUCGAUAAUCACUAUCUUCAGACUCAUUCAUUUACUAUAUCUGUUCAGCCCUGUAGCCUCUGACACAGCAUCAGCACCGGAGGAUCAAGGUCUCCGGUGAAGCCCAUAUUCUUUCAGAUAUGGAGGGAUGUCCUACACACAUAUUAAAAUGCCAGAGAACAGUCUAGUCAGUGUUAAUGAUUCACAAAUUUGCCUUAGAGGACUUUACAAUCUUUACCACAUGUGACAACAUAGCUCUGUCCUCAAUGUACGGUCACACCAGCAUUUAAAGAGCAGAAUUUUGCAGCAAAAUUAACUCAUU